AUGGCUGCCUCAAUUAUUCUUCGAGCAAAAUUUAUAGACUUCCAGGAUUUGAAACAAGGAGAACUUUCCGUGCAUGCUUACUGGAAAAAAUUUACGCGUCUCCUGAAGUAUGUACCUCGCUUCCAAGUAGACGAAAGGUAUAAAAUUAGGAAGUUCAUCAUGGGCUUAAACAACCAAAUAGGUGGUUCAGUAGAUGUUUUAGCUCGGACUACUAUGGAUGAAGCCUAUGAGAAAGCUGUUAGGCAAGAACAAAAACUCCGUAAGGAUAAUUCCAUUAGAGAUAAAAGCAGAAAGAAGAGUAAUUGGGGACAGUCAUCUCAGAACUUCAACAAGAAGGGAGAUAGAUAUGGAGUCAACAAUAAAAACAAUAAAAGGCACCAAGGAGGACAACAAAACAACCAUAGAGAGGUGAGAGUGGGAGUCAGUGGUAUAGGCAGCGUUGGUAAAACCACCUUCGCCAAGGUUGUUUACAAUAGAAUUUAUGCCAGGUUUGAUGCUUAUUUCUUUGCACAGAAAAAUAAUACUCUUGUAGACUUGCAACGGGCAAUUCUAAGAAGAUUGGUAAAUUACCAUGGAGAAGCUUCAAGUGUUGCUGAGGGAAAAGCACUGAUGGAAAACCUAUUACAAGGAGUUCGUGCCCUUGUCAUAUUGGAUGAUGUGACUGAUCGGAGCCACUUGGAUGAAGUGAAUGGGGAUUGGUUCGGGCCUGGUAGCAGAAUCAUCAUUACAUCCCGAAAUCGACACAUACUCAAUCUUGCUGAGGUUGAUUCAGCUCUGGAAAUGACUGGGCUAGGGGAAUAUGAUGCUCUUCAAUUGUUUUGUUGGCCUGCUUUCUCAAGGCCAUUCGCGAAGACCCCCUACAAAAAUAUUUCUACAAGAAUUGCAAGAGCUUGCUGGGGGCAUCCUCUUUCAUUACAAGUUAUUGGAGCCCAUUUGUUUGAUAAGAAGGAGCAGGACGACAUUCAAUGUUGGGAAGAAGCUCUCCAUAACAUUGGGAAAAAUCAAGAAAUAUCCGGAGUCCUUCGAAUCAGUUAUGACGGACUUAGCCAUGUUGAGAAGGAAAUAUUUUUAGAUAUAGCUUGUUGCUUUGCUGGUGAAAGGAAACAUGACGCUGUUAUCUUCUGGGAAGUUUUAUACCCAAACAGAGUUCAAACAGCCCUCAAAAAUCUUAUGCUGAAAAUGCUUAUAAACUACAGUGGCACUCCAGAUCUCCUCAAUAUGCAUGACCUUUUGCGGGAAAUGGGAAGAGGGAUUCAAGAGCAGGUUGGUAACAAUAGCAGACUGUGGCUGCCUACGGGUGUACACAGAACUUUGAGCAGAGACAGAGCAGAGGGAGUGAAUAUGCCUGUUUACACAGGACAGAAUGGAAGAGAGCCCCUUAGCUUGCACAAAAUGCCUUCCCUACGCUACCUUGUUGUGCAAAAUACAAAAGUAGUGGGCAACAUUGGAAAUUUAGCUCCAAAUUUGUUAUGGAUAAAAAUUAGAAAUUGUGAAUUAAAUGAUACGUAUACAUGGUUAAGAUUAAGAAACAGAUUCCAGCUAGAUAGUAGUUGGUCCCAAGUGAGGAUUUUAAGUAUAGAGCAGUGUGCAAGUCUUACGAGAAUCCCAAAUACCCUGGACAGCUUGGUGAACCUCCGAUGCUUGAAUCUAGAGAAUUGUGUAGCUCUCACAACACUUCCAAACACCCUUGGUAACUUGUCACAAUUGAAGGAGUUACAUGUUCGCAACUGUACCAAUUUAACAAGCCUUCCGGAUACUGUGGGCAAUCUCAUGCAGCUAGAAAUGUUGGAGCUGAGAGCAUGUACAGUUCUACGCAGCCUUCCCAGCACACUAGGUAAUUUAGCUCGACUAAGAAAGCUGCGAUUGAAAUAUUGCACAGGGUUAAGGUAUCUUCGCAACACAAAAGGCGACUUGGCACAACUCCAACAUUUGUCCAUGCGUGGUUGUUCAGGUUUACAGAGCCUUCGUUACCCUUUGGGCAAGCUACAAAAUCUAAAGAGAUUGCAUUUAUCAGAUUGGAAAGACCUACAAAGCUUUCAUGAUGGGGUUGUCAAGUUAGCCCAGCUUAGGGAGUUAAACAGAAGGGUCGGCAUUGGAAGCUUGGUGCAGAAGAAGUUUAAUGUCUACUUUAUAUACCACGCAGCAGAUGAAAGGGAAAUAUCGAUGUAUUAUUAUAAGUACAAAUACCUGCGCACCGGAUCACUUCGUAUAUGCCCUUGCAGUGAGGAUGAGGAAAGUAGUGACAUUAGAGAGGCAAUUGAUAGCAGUGAUAUUGACAUUCUUGUUCCUGUGUAUUCCAAAACCUUUCUGCAGUCAAAUAUUUGCAUGAGAAAGUACGUAGCCAUACGCCGCUCGAAUGCCCUUGUUAUUCCUAUGUGCCAAUGCAUCUUUACAUGGUACUAUUUUAUCCAACAACAAGGGAUGGAGAUUGCUGUUCAGUAUCAGCCUCCCGCCACCAAAAUUCCCUUCGAUACCAACAACAAAUUUAACGUUGUGAGAACAACUUUUGUCGACCAUCUCUACGAAUCUCUCUCGGGAGAGGGACUUAAGGUUUUCCUCGACAGCGAAGAGCUGGAGAAAGGCAUAGAAAUCGAUUCAAAUUUGCAAGAAGCCAUUAAAACAAGUGAUGUUCUGAUCCCUAUAUUUUCUAAACACUAUGCAGAAUCAACUUGGUGUCUGAAGGAGGCUGCCCAGAUGUGGAGAUCCAAUGGCUUCAUCAUUCCUCUUUUCUAUGAUGUGGAGCCCUCUGAUGUUCGCUACCCUCAAAGAGAGGGAGGUCCAUUCGCCAAGGCAUUCCAAAAGCAUUACAGCCAUUUAGAUCGACAGGAUGAGAAAACAAUCGAGGAAUGGAAGAAUGUUCUUCAACAAAUCUCUUCUCUUUCUGGUUGGACAAGGGCGGAAGAAUUCGGGUACGAAGGAAGACUGGUAAAAAGAGUUGUGAAAGACGUGUUGAAUACCUUGAAGAUUACUCCGCCUCUGCCAGAUGUUCCUGUCCAUCUUGUGGGACUUGAAAUGCAUAUGUGUGCCCUGCUCCAUAGAUUAGAUUUGAGUUCAUGGCAUAGUACAGUGAGAGUGGGAGUCAGCGGUAUAGGCGGCGUAGGAAAAACCACCCUGGCCAAGGCUGUUUACAAUAGAAUUUAUGCUAGGUUUGAUGCUUAUUUCUUUGCACAGAAAAAAAGUACCCUUGUAGACUUGCAACGGGCAAUUCUAAGAAGAUUGGUAAAUUACCAUGGAGAAGUUUCAAGUGUUGCCGAGGGAAAAGCUCUGAUGAAAAACUUAUUGCAAGGAGUUCGUGCCCUUGUCAUUUUGGAUGAUGUGAAUGAUCUGAGUCACUUGGAUGCACUGAAUGGAGACUGGUGUGGGCCUGGUAGCAGAAUCAUCUUUACAUCCCGAGACCGACACAUACUCAAUCUUGCUAAAGUUGAUUCAAUUCUUAAUAUGAGUGGGCUAGGAAGGAUGAAGCUCUUCAAUUGUUUUGUUGGCAUGCUUUCUCGAGGGCGUUUGCGGAGACCCCCUACAAAAAGCUUUCUACAAGAAUUGCAAGAGCCUGCAAGGGUCAUCCUCUUUCAUUACAAGUUAUUGGAGUAUAUUUGUUUGAUAAGAAAGAGCGGGAUGACAUUCAAUAUUGGGAAGAAGCUCUCCAUAACAUUUGGGGAAAAUCAAGAAAUAUCCAAAGUCCUUCGAAUCAGUUAUGAUGGACUUAACCAUGUUGAGAAGGAAAUGUUUCUGGAUAUAGCUUGUUGUUUUGCUGGUAAAAGAGAAAAUGAUGCUGUUACCUUCUGGGAAGUUUUAUACCCAAAAAGAGUUAAAACAGCUCUCAAAGAAUCUUUCGCUGAAAAUGCUUAUAAAUGA